AUGUCCAAGCCGGUGGACCACGUUAAGCGGCCCAUGAACGCCUUCAUGGUGUGGUCGCGAGCUCAGCGGCGCAAGAUGGCCCAAGAGAACCCCAAGAUGCACAACUCGGAGAUCAGCAAGCGCCUGGGCGCCGAGUGGAAGCUGCUCACCGAGUCGGAGAAGCGGCCGUUCAUCGACGAGGCGAAGCGCCUGCGCGCCAUGCACAUGAAGGAGCACCCCGACUACAAGUACCGCCCGCGACGCAAGCCCAAGACUCUGCUUAAGAAGGACAAGUUCGCCUUCCCGGUGCCCUACGGCCUGGGCGGUGUGGCGGACGCCGAGCACCCGGCGCUGAAGGCGGGCGCGGGGCUGCACGCGGGCGCCGGCGCCGGCCUGGUGCCCGAGUCCCUGCUCGCCAACCCGGAGAAGGCGGCCGCAGCCGCGGCCGCGGCGGCCGCCGGGGGGCACACACACUCGCACCCCAGUCCGGGCAACCCGGGCUACAUGAUCCCGUGCAACUGCAGCGCGUGGCCCAGCCCGGGGCUGCAGCCGCCGCUCGCCUACAUCCUGCUGCCGGGUAUGGGCAAGCCCCAGCUGGACCCCUACCCCGCGGCCUACGCCGCCGCGCUAUGA